AUGGAGGCGGCCGGCCACUCGACUCUGGGCGCCACGGCGCAGCCCGCCCCGUCCUUGUCCGACAUUUUGCAGCAGUCGCGCAAGCUGACGAACCAGCUAGCGCGCGACUCAGACCUGCCGUCGAUCCAGCUCGGCAUCGACCAGAUCGAGAGUCAGAGCCGCAAGCUCGUGAGCAAGAGCGUGCGCAGUGGCCACACGCCGGCAGAUGCCCGUGCACACUACCUCCUUGCGAGUGGCGGUAUCGAUGCGGCACAGCUCUCGAAUGCCAUCCAGCACACCAACAUCUCCAACACGUUUGAGCCGCUGCAGCCGGUGUAUGACACGGACGUGGGUGGCUACCUGCGGCACGAGCACGAGCAGGUCGUGCUCAGCAUGAUCGAGGAGAGCCGUCGCGACGCCCUGGAGGACUUCCAGCAGGAUCUCGGGCGCCGCCUGCACCGCGACUGGCAGGCACAGAAACAGCAUAUCCUGGAGGAGCUGGGCCAGCAUCGUCCCUCGGACGACAGCGUCACGCUGCGUCGCUCCGUUGCUGCAGUGCCGGGCACCUCGGCGGCCACCGCUGAGAGCGAUACGAGCCUCAUGCAGCAGGGCCGCAUGGUCCGCUACGAUGCCGUCGUGGCACGACUCAAUAAGGCGCGCGUGGAUGGCGAGGCUGUGCCGCUCAUUCAUGCGUUUAUGGACAUGGUCGACUCGUUCUCGCAGGAUGCGACAAGAAAGCGCGCCCUGAUCGACGCGUGGACCGCACUCAAGUACAUGGUGCGCGAGGCACCGUCCGCCUCUGUGCUUCCAUCGCCUAUCCCUGCGCGCGAGUACGCCGCCGCGUACAUGGAUCCGGACGCGUUCCGUGGCCCGGCAGGCGCGGCCCUGCGCGAAAAGUGGGUGCGUGGCGCUCGCGAGUUCCUGGAGAAGCAGUUCCUCGACUACAUGGAGCAGGUCAUCCUCGCGAACCCCGUGCAGGCGCAGCGCGGCGGUGUCCCCUCGGUACGUGCGACCGUCGCAGCGUUCCUGCGCGUGCAGCUGCGUACGAGCGACGGGCCCUGGCCGGCCGAACUGGCGCGGCCUCUCGAUGCUGUGACGCAGGCGCCGCUGUGGGCGAUGGUCUUUGUCCUUGUGCGCUCGGGGCACGUGGCCGAGGCGCUUGCGUGCCUGCAGGAGAACGAAAGCGCGCUCCAGCGCAACGAUGCCGCGUUCCUGGCAUUCUUCAAGGCAUGGGCAGACUCACCGACACGCACGCUGCCGCGGUCCAUGCGCGACCACUGGAUGGGCGAGUAUGUGACGCGCUUCCGCAGCGGCGCCGUGGAGGACCCGUACCGCUACGCGCUGUACCGCUUGCUGGGCCGCUUUGACGUGGCCAAAAAGUUCCCAGCGCCGCUCGUGCUCAGCACGGAGAACUGGCUGUGGCUGCAGCUGUGCCUGGUCUCGGAGACAGCCGAACAGGAUGCGCAGGCGCCUGCGCUCCAGUCGUACACGCUUCAGGACCUCGGGCACAAGCUGGAAAAAUACGGCGAGGCGCACUUUGAUCCCAAGGGCCAGCGCCCCCUGCACUACUUCCAGCUGCUCCUCCUGGUCGGCCGCUUCGAGUCGGCUGUUGCCUUUUUGCAAUCGCGUGCGGCUCUGCAUGUGGAUGCCGUGCACUUUGCCAUUGCCCUCACGUACUAUGGCCUGCUGCGUGUGCCCCGCGCAGGCACUGCAUCGCAGUUCGAGUACCUCACGACGAUCGACGACGUAACGUACCUGGACUUUGCCAAGCUCAUCCAGCGGUAUGCGCGGCGUCUCGCGCCUACGUCGCGGCGCGAUGCCCUGGCGUACAUCAGCCUGCUGUGCCUCAAUGCGGACUGCGUAGCGCCUGUGGGCGCCGAGCAGGUCCAGCGAUGCCACGAGCAGGUGCAGGCGCUCAUCCUCGAGUCGCCAUCGUCGGGCUUUGUCGAGCUGCUCGGCGACGUGCGUGCGGAUGGGCUCACGACGCCCGGGCUGAUCGAGCAGCAGAGUGCGCUGCUGCAUCUCGACGACCGCCACGCAUUCCUCGCCAAGAUUGUACAUGCGGCGGCCGUGCAGUGCGAGCGCGAGCAGCGUACGACAGAUGCAAUCCUCUUGUACAAUUACGGGAACGAGCGCGACACGGUGAUGGCCGUGCUGAACCGCGCGCUCGGCGCAGGUCUCAUGGAGCCUGGCCAGCUGCCCGAUUGGGAUCGCGCGGUCGACGACAGUGCCGCACCCUUGUCCGUGUCGGCGAACCCGGUGCGCCUCGCGCGCGCCAUUCUCGCGAGCUAUGCGCAGCAGGGCUACCACAGCUCGACGAUGGAUGUGUGUGAGUCGCUACUGCAGCUGAAGAAGGCAGCGACCCUGUACCACGAGGAGCAGUGGCAGCCCACGCUGCGCGUGCUCGAGGCGCUGCACAUCCUGCCACUGGAUGCCGAGGCGCGACGUGAUGUGGUGAGUAUCACGCGCAAGGCGGAAGAGUUCAAGACGUACGAUGAGAACAUUACGAAGAACUUCUCAGAGAUCGCGCUCAUGGCGAUGAACACGCUGUACAAGCUCCACGAAGCCCUCAAGCACUCGCUUACGCGCGAUAGCUCGACGGUCCUGUUCGAGUACCGCCACCAGGCGCGCUCGCUAAUGAUACAUACAGCCAGCUGA